AUGGUAGGAGCCACAGGAGAAGGAGAGUUACCUGGACCUGGUUCUGAAGAUGAUUCUGGCAAGCAUGGAGGUAUUUAUAGGGCUAAGCAACACAUUGUAGGGGGAUAUAGAAAUGUACAAGCAUGUAAAAAGUGCCCUGAACAUGUGAAAGAAGAGAUUAGAGAAUACACGAGCAAGAAGAAAGAAGAAAAGGAACACACAAAUUUGUUGUCUGAUUUUGAUGACAUGGAUGAUCAAGAUGAGGAUGAUGUAACAAUCAUUGAUGUUAAAGGUAAAAGAGUGGCAAGUGGAACUGGAAGCAGUAAUAUUCAAUCAAAAAAGCAAAAACAGAAAGGUCCUAUUGAUUUGUACUUCACCCCUCCUCCGGAAGUAGUUGUGCAAAAUAGAAAAAAUGACAAGAGUAAGCAAACAACAAUUGAUAAUGCUUGCAAGAAAGAACUUAGAAACCGAGCAUGUCAACGGUUUGCAAGAUGGAUGUAUGAUGCUGGGAUAUCAUUCAAUGCCCUUAAUUAUGAUAGUUUUGCACCAGUUGUUGAAGCUAUUGGCCAACAUAGUCCAGGAAUGAAACCUUCUUCUUAUCAUGAGGUGAGAGUUCCCCUCCUCAAGAAAAAACUGGAGCAUACAGACAAUUUAAUGCGGGAUCAUAAAGAGGAAUGGGCAAAAUACGGAUGCACAAUUAUGGCAGAUGGAUGGGAGGAUAAAAGACACAGUAAAUGGGCGAAAGAGAUAGAAGGGAAAAAUGUAGCACAGAUUGUGUUGAUGCCUACAUUUUGGACAAGCAUUGUGUACUCUCUCAAAGUAGCAAGCCCUCUUGUUCGUGUACUUAAGUUGGUUGAUGGUGAGAGAAGGCCUCCAAUAGGAUAUAUUUACGAGGCUAUGGAAAGGGCUAAAGAAGCGAUAGCUAAAGCUUUUGGUGGGAAUGAGGAGAAGUAUAAGGACAUCUUUAAGAUCAUUGAUACUAGGUGGAAUAUCCAACUCCAUCGCCCUUUGCAUGCAGUUGGGCAUUUCUUGAACCCAGAAUAA